UAGUAAUAAUGGUGGUCGAUCCGUUCAUGUUUUUUAUUUUAUUUUAUGUCCUUACUACUACUGGGCGAAAAAGCGAUUUACUUGCGGAAACGUGGAGAAUGGUGAUCUAACCGAACUGGAGUUGAUUUGUUAAUCAAAAGUGCUAAUAAUGUUUACUGUGGACUGGUUCUUUCGUUACAUGAUUCGGACUAGAAUGUGAAACAUCGCAAAAAAUGGUUAUUGGCAAAAUUUUGGACGUGAGCGCCUCGAGUCCACCAGGUGGCGGCGCUAAGGGAGGAGGGCGUGGCGUUACUUCAUUGGCCGGUCCCUCCUCCCGUCGCUCACUAGCCACGCCCCCUGCAGACGGAGACGACGACGAUUUGGCGCAGGCGCGGCGCGGUUCGACAGCAGACGCCCGUAACGGCCUCGGAUUGGUCGGGCUGCGAAACAUCGGCAACACUUGUUUCAUGAACAGCGUUCUCCAGUGUCUGAGUAACACCCGGGUGCUAUUGGACUACAUCAGAAAAGACACUUACCAGAAGGAUAUUAACAAUGUGACAUCUUCAAUGAAAGGAGCGCUUUUUAAAGCAUUCGGGGAACUCAUUAAGGAAUUGUGGGCUUCCGACUCUUCUGGCCCCGUUAAUACAGCUGCAUUAAAGUCGCAAAUUCAAAGAUUCGCUCCUCGUUUUAUGGGCUACUCGCAACAGGACGCGCAAGAGUUUUUGCGCUAUUUUUUGGAAGGAUUACACGAAGACGUUAAUAGAGUGACGAGCAAACCGAAACCGAUCACUACAGACAUAGAGGAUAGUUUGCCCGAUGCGGAAAAAGCAACAGAAGCGUGGCGACGUUACUUGAGGUCUGAAGACUCGCUUAUUGUGGAUGCUUUUGUGGGCCAGCUAAAAUCGACCUUAAAAUGCACACAUUGCGGUCAUUGCAGUGUAACUUUCGAUCCUUUCUGGGACUUGUCGCUUCCUCUGCCUUCCGGCAGAAAUUCGGGCGCCUUAAGAUUAUCGCAUUGCCUCGAAGCAUUUACUAAAGAGGAGACUUUGGACGGAGAUGAAAAGCCCAAAUGCGCCAAAUGCAAAGAACGGCGACGGUGUACAAAGAGCUUCUCCAUACAGAGAUUCCCACAGGUUCUAGUCAUUCAUUUGAAGCGUUUCUCGCCCUUGGAACGGUUCCGUGGCAAACUAAACACCCUUGUGGAAUUUCCGCUUGAAGGCUUGGACUUGACUCCGUAUGCUUCUGAGGCGCAAAGUGGCCCAAGUCCGCGAUACAACUUGUACGCUGUGUCCGAACAUUCGGGCACUCCAUACUCUGGGCAUUAUACGGCGCAUUGCAAAAACCCGAUAGAUGGAAGGUGGCAUGAAUAUAACGAUUCUCGGGUAAGUGCCGCUUCGGGACGUUCUGCAGUAUCAGCGGAAGCGUACGUUCUUUUCUAUGAGCGAGAAGGUGGCAGCAGUCAGCGAUCGCGACUGUAAACCGGAUUAAUUCACCUGAAAGCAACUAAAACUCGUAAAGUGUGUCGAAGCCUACAUGGUAAUAUGCCUAAUUUUCAAACAGGUUCUAUUUGAACAAAAUACAGGUUUUCACUGACAAAAAAUUCGAAAACCGCUGAAAGCAAUUAGUUAAAUUUUCGGACUUACUAGGGCUCUAUCCCAAUUGAUUCCUUAUUAGAACCUGUAUUUGUAUUUGGUAGAUCCUUCUUAGUCAUUGUUUGGGCAAACCAGUCCUUCAGUGAGUACUUACGUUAUGUUUACCCAUCUAGUCGAUUUGUUGUAUUCGAGGGAAUAAGUGGUUUUGGAGUAAUAUCUUUUGUAUAUACCCCUGUUUGAUGUGAUAUUUUUGUUUUACACGUUUACUAUUUUUUGUAUAUUAGUUUAUACAAGUUUUGGCUUAUGUUAUCCACGUGACCUUUGGCCGGUUGUCUUCGAAUAAAUUAAUCGAUUGCGAAUUUAUUGGAAUUAAUGAAUAAGUGUGUCUUCGCUCGAAUCAAGGUGCCAUAGUCAGAACUGCCGGGCUGUACAGGAAAAUUUGACUUUACACAGAAAUCGUGUUACAAAAACAGUCGGAAGGAAGGACUAGGGCCCUACUAGGAGCACAUUGUUGAUAUUAUAGCACUACAUAGAGAGAAUAUUAUUAACGGUUAAUGUUUCUUACUCAAAAACCACUUUUCUUUGUUUUCCUUUAGCCGUAAACCUUAAUUUAGUCUCGUGUUUUGGAGCGUGGCCCGUUGAUGGCCAUGUCCGCUUUUAGCUAAUCGCUUCUUCCUCUCGGGGGAGGAGGCAAGUCCAGCACACCCACAAAACUCACUCGAAAUACGGGAUAUUCUAAACACAAAUUCUAUGAGAAUGUAUUAUAUUCGAUUUAUUAAGCUUUAUAUUGAAAACUGUUUUGAAAGCACUAACUUAAUAAAUACUGUUUGCAAAACUG